GCUCCGACAUCCCGUGAAACGGCAGAUGCCUCGGCGAUCCAGAUCUGACGCCACCCGGCGUCUAUGUCACCGGCCAACUUUUCGCGGGUGUCGCGUGCCUCGGACUGGUUCCUGGCCCUAGUGCCCACGAUAGGGCGAUAGGUUUGUGACUUGCGUCAUGUACAUGUCUUCUAUUUGUCCAGACUCUGCUCUUCUCGUUCUUCGCCGCUCUCCUUAAUUCUCUUCUUGUCUGUCCUGCUGUUAGCGACCGGAUACCCGUAGACUUUCCCAACUCCAACACCAACACUAUCAAGCUGUCGCUCACACGAGUCUUCCAAUCGCUUCGCUCCGCCAUACCGGCCUCUCUGCAACCCAAGGGCGUGAAUCCUGCAGCGCUGGCAAAUAUGUCGUGGCUCAAAAGCAUCAACCCAACACCCGCUUUCCCAGCGUACACCGGACCGCACAAAGUCGGGUCAAUAGACAUAGAGAUCCCAACGAGCGAACUCGAGAAUCCCAGCGACGAUGCGCCGCCCGCAGAUAUACCUACAGUAGCAUUCAGGGUGUUUUACCCAUGCAGACAGGACAGCGAGCAGAAGGCCGUGAGGUGGAUACCGAGCCCACAGCGAGAAUACGUUGCUGCGUAUGCUCGAUUCUUGGGGGCGAACAGCGCGUUUGCAAGCGUCUUCUCUCUAUUCCCUCAAUUACUUCAAUUCACAUCGAUACCCGUGCAUUCGAACGCCGACAUUCUUGAACCCAACACAAAAUCGAAACGAUGGCCAGUCAUGAUGUUUUCUCACGGCCUGGGUGGCUCGCGCAAUGCGUACUCCCACAUCUGUGGCUCGUUGGCUAGCCACGGCAUUGUCGUUGUCGCCCCAGACCACCGUGACGGCAGCUCACCGAUCAACUUCAUCCACACCCCAGACUUGAAAGAAAAGAUUAAGCGCACGGAAUACAGGCGCAUCGACCACAAGCCCUCGACCGACGUGUACAACGCCCGCGACGAACAACUCCGAAUUCGCCUCUGGGAAAUGGGCCUCAUCCACGACGCCCUGCUGAAGAUCGACACGCGCCAGCGCCUCAAGAACGUCGCCGAAGACGCCACAAAAGCCGGCGGGAAAGAUAUGCUCACCAUGUUCUCGCACCUCCUCGCCGUCCACGAACCUGGCUCCAUCAGCUUCGCCGGCCACUCCUUCGGCGCCGCCACCACCGUCCAGCUCGUAAAAUCCGUCUACUACCCCCCCACCGACGCGCCCUCCACCUACAAACCGCUCUUCACCCCCCGCGCCUCCUCAGCCCUGAAAGCCCAAAUCACGCCCCAAAACCCCGUAAUCCUGCUCGACCUCUGGACGCUCCCGCUCCAAUCCCCCGCCACGGCCUGGCUGCGCUCCCAGCCCAUGCCCUCCUACGCCUCGCCCCGCGGCGGCGCCAACCUCCUCGCCAUCCUGAGCGAAGGCUUCUACAAAUGGGCCUCCAACACGCAAGAAACGAAACGCACAAUCGCGCGCCCCGCGUCCGCACCCAGCCUCCCGGGCCCGCACAUCUUCUACCCCGUGGCCAGCGCGCACCUCUCGCAGAGCGACUUCGGCGUGCUGUUCCCCUGGGCCACGGCGAAGGUGUUCGGCGCCCGCGAGCCGGCGCGCGUGCUGCGCCUGAAUGCGCGCGCGGUGCUGCAGUUGCUCAGGGAUAGUGGGUGCGAGGUUGCGAGCACGAGUGUCGCGGAUUUGGAGUUCGAGGGCGUGGAGAGCGGGAAGGAGAUUUGCAAUGAUGAUGCGAUUUUGAGCACGCGCGAGGGAAGGGUUAAGGGGUGGGUGUGUAUUGGGGAGGGGGCGGAUGCGGGGGAUGGGGCGAAGGUGGGGAUGGGGCCGGGCGAGGCGGUGCUGCAGAGUGAGGCGUUUGGGCAGACUGUUGAGGGGAAGUGAGUGAGGGUAUUUUGCUUCGGUGUUUAGCAUAGCGGGAGUUUGGGCCUAUAGAUAGAUACACGGUGAUUCCGACUGUGCGGUUGCAUUUGCACAGCGAGAAGGCAAAUAGCAUCGUUCCAAGAAACGAGAGCGUUCGAAGUGCGUCUGCCAAAUCUCAUGUAUACACUCAAACGUCUAGAUACAGAUAACCCCUUACAAUCGUGAUACUCCUUCCCAGUACCCUCAAACGCUGAUAUGCCUCAAUAACGCCAGUCAUGCAACCCUCCCGCUCCCUCUCCCUCAGAGCCCCGCACCACCGCCAGCCCAAAACAUGUUGUCUGGCUGAAGCCC